AAAAAAUUUAGUAGUGUUUCACCUAAAAUGGCUGCGCCCAUAAUGUGAAAUAUUGCGUUGUUUAAUACGGUAGUAUAGAUCUAUAAAGCUUCGUCUGAUUUUGUAAUAGAUGUCUGUUACAACUAGCAAUAUUCAACGAUGGUAACCUCUACAUAAUUUGAUUCAAAUUCCCCUUGCAGAUGCUUGCGACAUUGACUUACAGAAAGCCAUGGCUUCUUUGACAUACUCAAGCAUGAAAAGUUUGCGGUUGAUGUCCCAUUUGUCAAAACUACCAUUGCGACAUUUAUCAGUAUCUACAACUAAAACUUAUUUAAACAAUAGCGUGAUAAAGACAAAGGCAAUUGUUGAAAAUAAACCACAUGAUGUGAAGGUUUCUUAUAGUAGAAAAAAGUUCCUGUCAUCUACAGAAUAUUGUCAACUUUGUGGCGCUUGUAGUGCUAGAAAUUAUUCAACAAAGACAUCUCGAUUCACCUUAGGGAAUGAAACAUACAGAAAGUAUUUGACGUCUUUGGAAGAAGAAUGUAAAGCAUUAAGUAGUGCACAGGCUGUAGGGCAGAUUCUUGGACAGCAACAGGGACAUAAGUUACGCUUACUGAGAGGGAUUGUGGAUAUUUUUGAAGCACUGAAAGUCAAGUAUGACGAACUGGAGGAAUUGAAUCAAAUGCAGCGUGAUGAAGAGAUGAAAGAACUUGUUAGAGAUGAAAAACAAACUUGUUGUGCAGAAAUUGAAGAGUUGGAAGAAAAGCUUGUAGAUAUCGUAUGUCCAGACGAGCAUAUAGAUGAAUGUGACAUCAUUUUAGAGGUGGAGUCUGGUGCUGGCGGUCAGGAAUCAAUGCUCUUUGCUCAGGAAGUGUUUGAAAUGUACCAGAAUUUUGCUCAAAGUAAAGGCUGGCAGUUUGAUAUAACUCAUGUUACAAGAAAUACAAAUUCUGAUGAAGGUGUUCGCAAGGUUUCGGCUUCUAUCAGUGGGCAGGGUGUGUUUGGGGAGAUGAAGUAUGAAGGGGGCAUCCAUAGAGUCCAACGAAUACCAAAGACAGAAUCUAAAGGUCGUGUACAUACAAGCACUAUUUCCGUAGCUGUUCUACCACAACCUUCUGAGAUUGACAUAGUCCUGGAUCCAAAAGAUCUGCAAGUUGACACAUUCAAAUCAAGUGGAGCUGGAGGCCAGCAUGUACAGAAAACAGACAGUGCUGUCAGAAUUAAACAUUUACCUACAGGUAUGACUGCUGAAUGUCAGAUGUCAAGGUCCCAGAUCAAAAAUAAGAAGACUGCACUGGUGAUUCUUAGAACUAGGUUGUAUGAACAUCAGUUAAAAGAAAUUACAUCAAAGACAACAAGCCAACGAAAAAUUCAAGUGGGUAAUAAAGACAGGUCGGAAAAGAUAAGAACUUACAACUUUUCCCAAGAUAGAAUUACAGAUCACAGACUGGGUCACAAUUUUAACAACAUUCCUCAGUUUAUGUCUGGGGUGGACAGUCUGCAAAAAAUGAUUAAGGAACUACAAGAGGAAGCCAAACUGGAAAAUUUACAUAUUUUACUGGACGAAUUUGAGCAGCCUGGUUUAAAAAGAAAAACAGAAAAUAAUUGAAAUAUUUGUGCAUACUUGAUAUUGUUAAUAAUUUAUUUUAUCAGUGUUUGUAGAAUUGAGUUUAGUUCCGUUAUUAAUUCCAUUAUAGGUGUCCAUGGUGUAGUAGAUCCUUGUGGAUUGCAGACAUUUAAGAAAUAGUUACUUUUAUCUACAUUUCUCUGUCACAUUAUUAUCCCUGCAAAGUGAGGGAUAUAGUUUUGUAGUGGUCAAUAGAACAUUGUAGUUAUAUGAAGUUACGUAGAGGGGGCAUAAUUCAUGAAAUAUUGGUGCCAGAGUUAUUGAACUUGUGUCAUGAUGUGGGUGAUGGUUUUCUGUCAAUGUAAGGAGUGAGAAAUUGUGAGCAAACUUUGUAUUAAGGUAGCUUUCAUGGAGACCAAAAUUCAUGUUGCAUUUUGCAUUACAUUGAUUAAGGUCUAGGACAUUGUUACAUUUCUGUUUAGUAACUUCAGAUAUAAAACUUAACUUGGUACUUUGGUAUCUUGCAUAAAUCUGGCCAUCGGUUUCUGAGAUUUUUUAAAGUGUUCCAUAGUACCUUAUGAUGAAAACAUGGUUUGAUUUGGUAGUCAUCCAAUGAACAUUCAUGAUGAAGCUAUAUUGAAAUCAGGCCAGCAGUUUCUGAGAUUUUUUCCUUUUGAUCACCAUGGCAACCAGGAUUUUGCAUGAUGACCUGUAUUUGCAGAAAGUUGAAAAAGAACCACCCAAGCAACAUUCCUGAAAAGUUUGGUUGAAAUUUACUUUGUGUUUUACUAGAAAGUUUUAAAGAAGUUGUUGACAAGCUAUUCAAUGAUCCUUAAAGCUCACCAUGUGCUGAGAUGAGCUGAAACAUUUAGUGCAGUGAUCGUUUCAGAACCAUUUUCCCAGGACAUUGAGGUACUAGAUAUAUUUCAUUUAGCAGAUGGUUAGAAAAUAAAGCACGAAGCUUUAAAUUGAGAGGUAGUGAGUUUGAUCUAGCACAGUGUAUGUUCAAAAUUUUGGUUUGAUUAAGACAGUCUUAGGUAAUUCUUCCUUCACCUCAGAAUCUUGUAGAGAAGAUGUAGGUUACUCAUUAGGAACGAGUCAGUACUGGUUCCAAAGCCUAGAACACUGGUUAGGUCAACUAACUACCAUUGCAUAACUGAAAUACUGUUGAGAAUGAAAAUAAACCUAGUCAGCCAAAACAACAGCUGUGCAGUGAUGUGUUUUGAGAGGCAGUUUUGUUUAUUUAGAAAAUUCCAGUCAUAUACUAGUCUUGUUAGAAUUCUAAGGACUUUGGUUAACAGAAGGCCUUUAGUUUGUUGUGGGGAAACUUUCAACCAAUGAAAUAAACAACAAAAACAUC